CGACACGCGCCUUGUUCGCGCGUGGGAUAGAAGCGCAUCUGAAAUUGGCAUCCAUCUUCAACGGGCUAAGAUCCAUCCGCCAAUGGUAUACGAUGGUGAACUGAGGAAUGCGUCAUACGUAAGUUUUACAUUUAGUCUCGAAAAGAAAGCAAAGGAAACACCUUUUUUCUCAACACACCUUCCAAAGACGUCACUGCUCUUUGCUCCUUCUCUCUGCUUCUAACCAUUUUGUUUGAAUCUCUCGGGGAAAUUGUUGUUGGGUUUCGAUUCAUCCGAGGUUCUGUUUGAUCAGUUUCUCGGAAUCCCUUUGUGUUUCUCCGAUCUGGGUUUUCGUCUGCUUUCGACUCCGCUAACUUUAGCUCUUUGGUCGGAGACACUGGUGAAUCUGGUUUUGAGUGAAUCGAGAAGAAACAGAAGCGGCGACCCUUUUGGACUUUGAUGGACUUCUGAUCGGUUUUGUCUGAUUCUGAAAAAAUGGGUUCACGCGUCAGAGGUUCCGAUGAAGAUUUCUAGUAAACUGGUUUCUCGUCUAGCUUUUCGAGGCAUUCGUUCUUGAGAUUCACCCGAGAAUGAGAAGAGGAAGAGGAAAAGGCAAGAAGCAGAAUGCAAGGGAGGAGGAUCAUGGAAGCGGUGAGGAGGAAAAGAUUCCGGCAUAUAGGAGAAGAGGGAGGCCGCAGAAGCCAAUCAAAGAUGAAACCGAGGGAGAGGAACUGGUGGGGAAGAUCGAAGAAGGGGAUGAAGAUGGCAUAAACAGUUCACUAACCAGUAAAGAUUUGAAGAAUGAAGCUGUAUCAGAAAACGGGAGGAAGAGAAAGAGAUCACUGCAGUGUAAAGAAAACAAUGCAGAUGUAGCCAAGGAAGAGAACGGUAACGGGUCGAAAUCGAGCACGGAUGACUCGAUAAAAUCGUCAAUCGGGUACAGACAGAUCGGUAGCCGGAGGAAAAACAAGCCGAGACGGGCAGCUGAAGCUGUAGUCGAGUGUAACGGUGUCUGAGAAAACAUCUAACAAUGGCGAUUUCACUGUCGGAAUCCCGGGUUUGGAAGCAUUUUGUCCGAAUUUUCGCCUUUUCGAAACCGCCCUUUUGUGGUUUUUUCAUGUUCUUGGUGACUAGGAGGUUUUCUUUUAUGUUUCUGAUACUAUCUUUCUUUUUUUUUUUUUGCUAUGAAAACUUGCACGGUUUACAAACAAUUCAGACGGGGAUUUAGCAAGUGGGCAUUUUGUGUUCUUGGA